AUGGGCGAACGCAUACGGGUUUUCGACAAGGCGGCUGACACACUAGAAGCGGAUAUGGUUGUGUUUGAGCAUGCAGGGGUGAGCUACGUAUUUCGUGUUGAUAUGGACGUGGCAGAUAAUGUGGAUGCUUUGAGCCACGAGUACAAUAUUCUACGAACUAGACCAACUGCGGCUGAGGUGGAUGCGGAAAUCAAGAGGCUUGAGAAGCAAGCAAAGCAGCGCAAGCCACGGUCGUCCAGUGGGAAUUCAGAGCUGGAGCUCAAAGUCUCGCGCCUUCGUGAGGUCUGUACCAUGCUGGCAGGGGCUUUAGCAGAGCGCAAGGGAGUCGAGGUUGGCCGCAUCUACCAGCUAUUCAACAUUACAUCUUUGUAG